UAGGUACAACCGCAGACUACAACCAACUCGACCAAGUCAAAGCCGUAGUAACCAUCAAGUCCGUGUGCAUCGUCGGAUACCGGAUGUGUAUAAGUGCACCCUAUGUAACAAGUUUCAUGCACUUCGAUUUUGCAGGAAGUUUUUAAACAUGUCGGUGAAAAGGAGGACAGAAAUGGUUGACAGGCAUCGUUAUUGCAAGAAUUGUCUUGCCAGAAGCCACAGUAUAAGGUCGUGUACAUCCAUGAACAACUGUAAGAAAUGCGACCGCCUCCACCACACUCUCUUACACCCUACAAAUAAAAGGGUUAUUCGCUCUCGAGCUGUUCAGCUGAGAACCUUGCGCCAACAACAACAUCAGCCAACAACAGGUGGACAACGUCAGCAGCUGCCAACACCAUCAGCAGCACCAGAUUCAGUUAUUUUGUUGCAAGCCAUCAAAUCACUCGCCCAGGUUCUUUGCGGUAAUGAAGUCAAACCACAUGUUGCCUAGUGGCAAGGCCGGGCGCCAUGUCCAAAACUGUUUGGACCCAUCAAAAAAAAACACAAACUUUUUUUUUAUAUAAAACCUUAUUUAUGUUUUUUUUUAAGUGUAUUUAUGAAGUAAUCAUAUUUGUCAACUACUAACUAAAAAUGUAUAUUGAAUUGUAAAAGAUUAAUUAUCUAUAAUCGCUAAAAAAAAUUAUUUAGUAGUUGCAUCAUUGCAUUUAGUACACGAAUUAAUAACAAUUGUAACAAACCCGAAGUUACUUAUGGAAGGAUGGACAUUUUGUUAACUCACUUACCAUUUGUCUUUCAAACCAUAAACUUCAAUAAAGAAAAUCUUCUAUUACCCAUUCGGAUUGAACUGAAAUCUAAAUAUUUAACAGUGAAGUUUAUUUGUGAAGUUUAAUAAUAUAUUUCGAUUAUAAAUAAACAAUUAAUUAAAAAGAGACAUUUAACUCGAACAUAUUAUUUUUGGUGAUCCUACAAUAAAGUAAAGAUCGUAAUAAUAUUUUCGUCCAAGGUAUGCUGAUUGAUUCAAAUGAGUUUAAGACUGAAAUAUAUUCUGAAUUUACAACAACAUAUAUGCCUCAAAUUUUACUGGAUACAUACAUUUCCGAAGGCAAAGAAAAACUAAUAAAUAAAUUAAACAUUUCAACACCGACACCAGAGGGAGAGUUAUAUAAAAAUAUAAAAUUUGAAGAAAAAAUUGCGGAUAAAAAUACAGAUAUUAAAUCAAGUAUUCAUUUUCCUGCUGCCUUAUUUACUGAAACAAUUCAGAGUUCAACUAGUAAACAUUCGAACUCUUCACCAACAUUGGAAAAUUUAAAUAAACAAUAUGAAAAUAAGUCAAUGACUGAAUUCGCAACAACACAUAUGCCUCAAAUUUUAUUAGAUACACAAAUUUUAAAAAACAAAGAAAAGUCAUUAAAUAAUUUUGGCAAGAUUUUAACAAAGAAUCCGGAGGAAGAAUCAUAUAAUAAUAUAAAACAUGAAGAAAAAAUCGGGGAUAAAAAUAUAGAGGAGAAGGAAGAAUCAUAUAAUAAUAUAAAAUAUGAAGAAAAUAUCGGGGAUAAAAAUAUGGACAUUAAAUCGAGUAUUGAUACUGCCGCUUCAUUUGCUGAAACAAUUAAAAAUUUUACUAGAAAGCAUUCGAACCCUUCGUCAGCAUUGGAAAAUUUAAAUAGACUAUCUGUACCAAAACGUGAGAAAAUUUUUUCUUCUGAAAAAAUUUCCUUGGAAAAUUUUGAAAAAGACAUCUCGGAAAAUACAUACUCAAACGAAGAUACAUUUCGACAACAACAACAAAUAAUAAAAAAAUUUGGAACAAAUUACUCAGCAGAUGUCUCAAAAUAUAUAUUCGAUCAGCAAGAUUUUAAUGAAAAUUUAGCAAUAUCCGAAAAUAAUCUACCACAAAAUUGUGUGGAUUCGGUUUGCGAAGUUAAUACAACUAAAUAUGAUGUUCAUAUCACUGAAGACAAUAAUGUAAAUUUAAACAAAACAGAAGUGGAUGAAUCUGCAUCAGAAAUAAUAAAUGAAUUACCAAAUAUUAACUAUACAACCCUUUCAUACGAUUCAAUUGAUUUUGUAACACAGAACUAUGAUAGCAAUAAUAAAGACAAUAUUUUAUCUGUGGAUUUGCAUGAGACUAUUUCGAGAACCCCAAACAAUAGUAAUGAAAUAGAUGUUUUAAAUAUUACGGAUUAUCCUCAAUUAUAUUUUGAAGAAGUGACAAAAGAAGUAGAAAAUGCUAAUGACUCAUGUGUAGACGAAGAAUAUAAACACGUGGUUAUAAAAAAAGUAUUGGUCCAACAACAUGCUAUUGAAUAUCCCUUUUUGCAAAAUGAUGAGAAAAAUCUAAUUGAGUUAACCUACACUGAUCAGUAUGCACAGGAAAAUAAAACAACAAAUGGGAGUACUAAUAAAAAUUAUACACUGGAUUUGAAAACUAUAAACGAACGCACAAUAAGUAAUGCGUUAGAGUCAGAGAACAUUACAGAUUGUACAUCUAUAGAAAGCAGUGAAGAAAAUACAUUUACAGCUGACUAUUAUCAGUCAACGGGAGCGAUAAAUCAAAAUGAAAACAAUGUAGUUAAAAAUGAGUCCAAGCAACAUCUAGAGCAAGACAACUCCGUGAACAUAAAAAAAGAAGAAGUCGACGAAUUACUUUGGAAAAGUGGUGAAGAACGUUCUUUAAAUGAACUGCACCAUGAAAAACAUGUCAAACAAGGAACUGAUCAAUAUAAUCAAACUGAUAAAUAUAGCGAGUCAAUUGGGACAGAAACAUUGAAAAAUAAUACUUAUCUCUCAAAAAUAGAAAAAACUAACUAUGAAAACCAUGAAACUCAUGAAGUUACAUCAACAACUUUAAGGACCAUAAAUGAAUCUGAAGCACCUGAAAGCAAUAUUUCUGAAAUUAGUUAUAUCAAUACUAACAACACAACGGAGAAAUACGAAAAUAAUUAUAUUUUUAUUAUUCAAAACGAGCAAAUAGUUCAAUCGAACUUGACAGAACCUGUAAACGAUUAUAAUUCAGUAAGCAAACAAGUAACGCCAUUAUUAUCCGAUGACAUAGCUGCAACGUUAUUCGAAACAUAUCCCCCACAAGAUGUCGGUCAAACGUUCAAUGAUAAUUUGGCAGAUGAAUCAGAUGAUUUUGGAAAAGCUCUACCCGUCUCCAUCACUGAAGGCUCCAAUAGAUCUACUAUAAUAAUUGCAAUGAGUUCUGCCACAGCUAUUCUUUUUAUAAUAAUUUCUGUAACAAUAUUUCUUAUUUCCUUUCAACAUCAACAUGGUACUUUAGAUAUAGAAAUGCAAGAACGUAAUUGUGGUAAAGAUGACUUAGAUGAUGAAGAUGCACAAACUAUUGCAAAAUUAUUACAGGUCGAACUUCCACCAUCAGUAGCUGUAGCUUUAGACGAAUGCGAAGAAUGUUUGUAAGAAGAAAAAUUUUGCAACUUUCACAAACUAUCCAAUAUUGAUUAUGUAAAUAUUAAUUCCGAUAAGAUUUCUUUUUAGUUAUUUUAUAUUAUAAAAAUUACAAACUAUGUAAAUGUUUUUUACAAAUUUAGUGUUUAUUGUACAUAUCAAGAAUUAAUUUUAAACAUAUUCUUAGGCAUCAAUUUUAAGAUUA